UUCAUCCUUCACCAAACAUCACAUAAAAGUGGUCAAACGUCACUUUCUCCGAUCCUCUUCUCCAUUUACUCAUAUCCAUAUCUCCAUUCUUCUAUAUACAUAUAGUUCCAACACUCGCCAAAAUUAAGAAAAAUCUAACAUUGUUUUGUAGCACAUGGAGAAGAAAUCAAGAGAAGAAAAGCUUAACCAGGUUUCGAAGGGAAACGUUUGGGAUUGUGGCAGCACCCUAUACGAUUCCUUCGAGCUCAACUCCUUGAAACGGGAAUUGAACACGGCAAUAGCGAAUUCCCCGAAAAACAGAAGAACCCUUUCCAUGUCUCAUUUACCCGAACGUUGUCUCUCACUUCAACUUCAUCAUCCUCAACCACCCAUCAUGUCCGAAAACAAGCCUUUCAAGAUCUCUCGAACCUUCCACAAACUCCUUCGAUUCGUCUUCAAGUCCAGCAACAAGUUAAGGACUUCUUCUACUUCUUGUUCUAGGUCUACCACCCCCACCAGUAACACUACUUUCCAAGUGGCAGAAAAAUAUUCCAACAAAGAUCGUUUCUACGUUGUUUACGACAAAUCGGAACCCGUUCUCUCCACGAUUCCCGAACUUCCGGAAUUUGAACUUCCGGAAUUUGAGGUGGCUGUGCUUUCGCCGGAGAUCGCUUCGUUUGUGAGAAAGUCGGCGUCGGAGAGGUUUAUGGCCACCGCCGCUAUCGGUAUUUCGUGUGCUUGAGAUGAUCAUAGAUAUUAUAUUUAUUAUUGUUAUUGUUAUUGUUAUUUCAUGUCAUAAUAAUAACGUAGCAAUUAACGUGUGUAUAGUGGGUUUCUGCUUAUGUUAUAAGUUUUGAUAAUUCACGAUGCAAUUGUUUAAUUUUAUUUUACGAGGGCACGUUGAAUUAUGGGACCGCGUAGGAAUGUGUAACUGUGAUUAUUGUUAAUAAAAUAAUUGUCGAAAGUUCUUCCUCCCACGAAAUUAAAGGGAUAAUGAUUU